GCCAGCUGUCCGGACUCAGACCAGCGGAGCGUCAGACCAGUGGAGAGUCAGACCAGUGGAGCGUCAGACCAGUGGUCGGACCAGUGGAGCAUCUGGGUUCCUCAAGAAACGAGCUUCUCCUGGACAGUCAUGUCUUCCCCCACGGGUGUGUCUGAGGACCAGCUCCAGUGUCCAAUCUGUCUCCAGGUCUUCACUGAGCCCGUUUCCACGCCAUGUGGUCAUAACUUCUGCAAGGCCUGCAUCAACCGCUUCUGGACCGACCAGACGGCGCCGCGCUGCCCGUGCUGCCGGCAGCCCUGCAGACCCUCGGAGAUCAGGGUGAACACCGGCCUGCGGGACAUCGUGGAGCGCUUCAUCAACACACGAGAGGAGGAGGGCUCCGUCGCCCGGCCGGGGCAGGUGCCUUGCGACGUCUGCCCUGGCUCCAAGCUCAGGGCCCUGAAGACCUGCAUGGUGUGUCUGGUGUCCUACUGCCGCCGCCACCUGGAGCCGCACCGCAGGGUGCCCGGCCUCAUGAGGCACCAGCUGGAGGAGCCGCUGCAGAACCUGGCCGGCCGCGUGUGCCAGAAGCACAACAAGGUGCUGGAGGUGUUCUGCAGGGAGGAGCAGGUGUGCGUGUGCGUCCUGUGUAUGAAGGAGGAACACCUGACCCACCAGACCGUCUCCCUGAUGGAGGAGGCCCGAGAGAGGAUGCCUGGUAUAGGAGUCAGGGCGAUGAAGAUAAAGGAGCAGGUGAAACAUAAAGCCUCUGAGAUUCAAGACGCAAAGAAGUGUGUUGAGGACAGGAGGAGGGAGGUGGAGCUGGACACGCAGGAGAGUGUGGCGGCUUUUAAAGGUCUUGCUACGUAUGCUCAGGCCCACAUGGAGCAGAUGCUCGGAGUGAUGAAGGAGAGGCAGAAGUCAGAGGAGGCGAAGGCUACACAUCAUCUCAGAAAGCUCCACUUGGAGCUAGCAGAGAUCCACCAGAAAAGCAAGGAGAUGGAGGAGCUCUGCCAGACCAAGGAUCCCCUCCUCCUCCUCGACGGCUCCUCCGGGCCCCUCCCCGCCCCCCCGGCCCCCCUAGCUCCCGGGGGCCCCACCGGGGGCGCCGUCCGGCAGCAGCCGCUGUGGGCAGCGGAGGUGAAGGCGUUGGUGCAGAGGAUGGAGGAGACUCUGACCAGGGAGAUGCAGAGGGUCCUGGCUGGGGAGGAGGACGAGCUGAAGGCCCAGCAGCGCCACUGGGUGGAGGUGGACCUGGACGCUGACACCGCCCACCCCGGCUUGGUACUCUCCCAAGAUAAGAAAAGAGUGAAGGACGGAGGGCCGCUGACACAAGACCCUCUCCCCAAAAACCCCAAGAGAUUUGACUCCCACCACUGGGUUCUGGCCAAGAAGGGCUUCUCAUCGGGGCGUUUCUACUUCCAGGUGGAAGUGAGGCGUCAGACGGGGUGGGAGGUGGGGGUGGUCAGAGAGUCCAUCCAGAGGAAGGGUCCCUGUAUGAACCUCGGGCCCGAGCAGGGCGUCUGGACCCUGGGUCUCUACGAUGGGCAGUACCAGGUCAACACCGGCCACCCCGCGCCCUCCCACCUUCUGGGGUACUGGCCCCAGGAGGUGGGGGUGUCUGUGGACUACGAAGGGGGCUGCGUCUCCUUCUACGACGUGGACUCCAGGACCCUGAUGUACUGCUUCAGCGGCUGCUGCUUCAAUGCCUCACGGUUCAGCAAGCUCCCCUACUACUACUACAACAGAACCAACAUCCUCCCCUUCUUCUGGCCCAGUGACAGACCUGCCGAUGGGCCUCUGAUCAUCAGUCCCGUCCACCAGCGCUGAGGUUCAGGUGUGUGAGAUGCACAGGGUAGAGGGGACCGUCAACCCCCUGCCCAGCGGGUCCCAUCCCCACGGUGUGGGUCGUACAGGACUUCUCCUCCAGUGCUGUGUUCCAAUAUCCAUACUUCCAUGACACUUAAGCGUAGUACACUUUCCGCACUCACUAAGUGCGCUAAUCUUCAGAUGUCAGUGUUGUUCCAAAUUGAAUACUCCGUGGUUCACUAACCGGAAAUUACGAUCACGACUGCCGCCGCUGCUCUUCCCCCGCAAUAAACAUCCCGCUUUGAACGGUGAACUCUUUCCGCCUAGCAGCUAUAAAAAGCUAUAAAAGCUAUAAAAACUACAAAAUGACUGUAUUAAUGCAGGCUAUGUGGAAAAUGCGCCGACUUUGGCUCAGCCUGGCUCCGCCCUCUUCCACUACCUAGCUAAGAUGGCUGCCGUUGAGUACGAAAAGUGUACAUCGAUCCACACUGCGCGAUUUGACCGUUUUGACUACACCAUCAGGGUCCUUCAGUACACUUAUUUUCGCCCGAUCUGAAUUGGAACGCCCUUCGUACUCAAACGUAGGCUAGUAAGUAUGGAUAGUAUGGAUACUGGAACACAGCACAGGGCAUCAGGGGCUGCUGGCUGUUGGGGCGUUAGGGAUCCCAGAUCAACACAACCUUUACCUCUCACACCUUUAAAGGUGGGGGGGUUUGGUUCAUACUCAAACAAACACAGAAACAUGCCAAAUCAUCAAGUCAAUGAGAAGAAAUUAGAAAUUGUGCUGCUCUCUUUAAGGCAUGUCUUUCAAAGUUUGUUUUAUGAGUCUACUUGAAUGUGCUGUCGCCAUGUGGACACAUUUGGUAAUGCAGGCGAAUGAUAUUGAUGAUUCUUUAUAAUGGUUCAGUUGGUCUUGGUUCAUGCAGCUGAGCAUAUGGUACCGGGAAGUAGCGGGAAUUGUUUGUGCCUUGACACUAUUAGUCUGUUAGUACCUGUACUGAUUGUUUGAACUGCUAUAGUUAAUUAUUCUGUAUUGGCUAAUUCCUGCAAUGGUCCAGCUAUGUAAAAUAGAUUUUUCUAUAUAUUUCUGUAUUGUGUUGCAGUUUUACAAAAUUAAUGUUCAAAUCCCAUGAAGAUUUCA